CGGGAAACAGCGCCGCGCGGCCUCGAUAAGAUCACGAGCGCAGCGGAAGGAGAGCGCAGGCGGAAGCGGGGAAGAUGUCGGGGCAGACGCUAACGGACCGGAUCGCCGCGGCGCAGUACAGCCUGACCGGCUCCGAGGUGGCGCGCGCUGUGUGUAAGGCCACCACGCAUGAAGUAAUGGCACCCAAGAAGAAACACCUGGAGUAUCUGAUCCAGGCCACGCAGGAGUCGAACGUGAACAUCCCUCAGAUGGCCGACACGCUGUUCGAGCGAGCAGGGAACGCCAGCUGGAUCGUGGUGUUUAAGGCUCUGGUCACUACACACCACCUCAUGGUCCACGGAAACGAGAGAUUUAUCCAGUUCCUUGCCUCCAGAAACACGCUGUUCAACCUCAGCAACUUCCUGGAUAAGACCGGAUCACACGGUUACGACAUGUCCACCUUUAUCCGGCGCUACAGCAGGUAUCUGAAUGAAAAAGCGUUUUCUUACAGACAGAUGGCCUUUGACUUCGGCCGCGUGAAAAAAGGAAACGACGGUGUGAUGAGGACGAUGACUACAGAUAAACUCCUGAAAGGCAUGUCCACGCUGCAGAGUCAGAUCGACGCCCUGCUGGAGUUUGAUGUCCAUCCUAAAGAUCUGGUCAACGGCGUCAUCAACGCUGCGUUUUUACUCCUCUUUAAGGAUCUGAUUAAAUUAUAUGCCUGUUACAACGAUGGAAUUAUUAACUUACUAGAGAAAUUUUUCCAGAUGAAGAAAGGUCAGUGUAAAGAUGCUUUGGAAAUCUACAAAAGGUUCCUGACUCGAAUGACCAGAGUUACAGAAUUCCUCAAAAUCGCAGAGCAAGUCGGAAUUGAUAAGAGUGAUAUUCCUGAACUUACCCAGGCCCCUGAAAGUCUGCUGGAGUCUCUGGAGACACACCUGAACACACUUGAGGGGAAGCGGGGGUCACCGACUAAGAAGAGUUCUUCAGUCAGUAAUGGAACUCCUGCAGGAACUCCAGUGAAGACGGUGGAUGAAGUUCCUGCAGCAGCAGCAGAAGCUCAGAACACGACUGCGACUGCAGCUCCAGCCGGGUCUGCUUGUUUUUAUUAUUAUUAUGUUAAAGCAGUGAUUUAUGAAGUUCAGGUGGAUCUGGAGGAUGGGAUUAAUGCAGCUGUGCUGAAACCUAAUGAGAAACCGUUCUUUUUCUCCUCCUCAUGUCUCGUUUUCUCUCUUUCUCUGUGCUGUAGUGGAUUCAGUGCUUUGGUGGAUUUUGAUUUAUUAGCUCCGAGUGCAGGUGCUUCAGCAGCUCCAGCGUCCGGGUGGGGAGAUCUGCUGGGUGAGGCUGCUGCCGUUAGUUCUUCCUCUGCACUCCACUCUGAGUCUGAAUCUGUCGCUCCUGCUGAAAUCACUGAAACGAGUCAUGAUGCUAUAGCUGAACCUGCGGCUAACGCUAACGCUCUGCCUAGCGCUGGUGCUAAUGCUAAUGCUAUCACUCCUGCCGCUCCUGCGCCAACCUCCUCGCUGUCAGACAUGGACCUGUUCGGAGAUGCGUUUGCCCCCUCCCCGGGUGAUGGAUCAGCUUCAGCAGUGGCUGCUGAUGCCUUUAAAGGAUCUGACCCCUGGGCUCCCUCUGAGGGGAGUGUGGAAGUCGCCCCAGAGCUCGACCUUUUUGCCAUGAAGCCAGCAGAGGGCAGCACUGAGAGCCCGGCUAAUGGAGAGCUGAGCACCACGCCCACUGUCUCCCCCGAAAAUGCCCCCGAAACCACCCCUCCUGCCCCCUCUGCCCCCACCACAGAGUCCACGGCCCCCUUGGCCCCCCCGGCCCCCCCGGCCCAUGCUGCCCCUUCAGCGCUAGACAUCUUUGGCGAUAUGUUUGAUUCUGUGCCUGAUCAAAACGCCUCCUCAGAGCCCAAAGCUGCCGUAACUCCCACUAACGUAGAUCUGUUCGGUGCAGAUCUUCCUGCUGUCUCUCGAGGGCCUUCACCUUUACCUGAUGCUUCAGUCACUGCUGAUCUGUUAUCUGACUCGUUCAUCACUCCGACUCCAUCUCUCGCCGCUGCUCCUGUGUCUCCGCCCAAAACUAAUGCUCCUGUGUUGGACCUGCUGGACACGUUUGGAGAACCUGAAGUGGAACCACACACUUCUACAUCUACAGGAGAUCUGCUUGGAGGUUUGAUUUCCCCCGUGGCCCCGGCCGCCCCUCCUAUUCCCGCGGUCACUGCAGCAUCCGUUGCCCCGAGCGACCUGCUGGAUUCGGGCUUCGAUGCUUUUGGUCUGCCUCCUUCCAGCUCUGUGACCUCUGACCCCGUACCGGCCUCUACAGCGCCCUCUGGAGGAUUCGAUCCAUCAGUGUUUGAUGGAUUAGGGGACCUCCUCAUGCCCUCCAUAACCCCUCAGAGUACCGGUGGCAGUAGUACUCCUAUAGUUUCUGCAGCAUCUCCUAUGGUUGCUGCAGAGACGGUUCCUGUGGUAGCCCCAGCAGCCACGCCCACCGCCACGCCUACCAUGAUGCCCACCGCCACGCCUACCAUGAUGCCCACCGCCAUGCCUACAAUGAUGCCCACCUCACCCGCCAUGAUGCCCACCGCCGGUCUGCCUGCUAAAGCCAUCAGUAUAGAUCUGGAUGAAUCGCUCGCAAACCUGGUCGGAAAUCUGGGGAUGGGAAGUCAGAAAAAGGACGGGGAGAAGAAGCUGACCGGUGGAGUGAACUGGGCCCCUCAGGUCGCCCCCACCAGCUGGAGCACUCCACCCAUGGCUGGGGCAACAGCUGGAGCGACUCCGCCUACUGGAACCAUGCCACCACCCAUGGGGGCGCAGCCUGCAUUCAGUCUGCCCACUGCAGGAGGUGCUGGAGCUCCCAUGAUGCCUCAGCAGAUGAUGAUGGGGCAGUCGAUGAUGAGGCCACCUUUCGCAGGAGCAGCUGCACCACUGUCUCCGGGGUCUGCAGUUCAGAGCCCCAAGAAGCCGCAGACUAAGGACCCGCUGGCCGACCUCAACAUUAAAGACUUCUUAUAAUCUGUGAGUGAUUUUGGACUCGGCUCUGGUGAAGCUGAUUCACUGAUCGUUUACACCCACAUACACCUGAAGAUCCUGCAGAUAGCCCCGCCCCUUCUUUCAUAACCACACCCCAUCCCUCCUCCCUGCGCUGUGUAAUGUCGUAGCACAAACUGUGAAGUAAACUGUAGAGAAAAAAAGAGGAGAAAAUGUAAUGAAGAGAGAGAGAGGUGUGUGUGCUUUAUCUCGAUGUGAUCUUUUGUUUUAAUGGAAACUAAACAAAAGGAGAAAAAAAAGAAAAUGUAAAAAUGUUCAAAUGUGUAGAGUUUUCGCCAAGUGUUAGCUUCAGAACCUGAAUGAUGUGUGUGUGUGUGUGUGUGUGUGUGUGUGUGUGUUUCCUGUUUUCUGUGUGUGUGUGUGUGUGUGCGCGCGCGUUGGAGCAGUGUGUAACGUGUACCUGCAGAAGGUUUUUCUCUCCUCUGUAUCUGUGGAUGAUGUGAAUCUGGUUAUUAAAUGAUGACGUGAUCCCGCUGUCGGUUCUACACACGUUUGUUUAUGAG